AUCUCAGCUCCCGACCCGUCGAUGCAGGAGCGUCGUGUGUGCAGCGACGUGUUCUCAUUCGGACUGAUCUCAUUGCUGAUCUGUCUUUGGAAAGAUUUCAUCCUGGCGUCAGCCAUGAACGGAGAGCGGAAGAUGGCGACCUUUCUUUCGCUGAGGCCCACAGGCGACGGGCGGCCUCGUCGCUGGACGCACCUUGCUGCAGGUGGGCUGGCUGAAUGAGAUCUCCGGCUGCACUGUUCUCAUGUGGGAUGAAUAUCUGUGCAUGGUUUUGCCUUCAGGCAAGGGAUUUGGAGGAGGUUUUGGGAGUGCCUCUACUGCAAAGGCAUCAUCACAAGCAGGCGCCAAGUCACUUGCUCCAAUGGCCAAGAAGAAGAUCACAUUCAGCUUGGACGAAGAGGUGAGCUGGGGAGGGAGAGGGACGCCGUGCACAGCAAGGCGGGGAAGGAAGAUUCGCCGCUCAUGCGUGUGUCUUGCCUUCUGCACACAGGAGGUCGACCCUGGGGUGGUGGAUGGCCUUGAGAUCGUCAAGUACCCACACCCAGCACUACGGGCCAAGAACGAGGAGAUCAGAGAAUUCAGCACUGAAGGCGUCAAGGUGAGCAUCCGACCACCAUCUUGCAUCGCAUGUGUGCCACCGUGCUCGUGUGUUGGUUGCUUCAGCGCCUUGUCACUCGGAUGUUCAAGCUCAUGUAUGCGGCAGGAGGGGUGGGACUGGCCGCGCCACAGGUGAGCAGCGAAUACAGCGCUUCUCCUCAGUACACAGUCGUCAGCUUGCCUGUGCGUGCGUCGCGUCAGGUUGGCAUCAACAAGCGGCUGAUGGUGUUCAAUCCGUCGGGGAGGAUGCGGAGGAAAGACAGCGAAAUGAUACUCCUCAAUCCACAAAUCGGUAUGAGGGGUGGGUGGGUGGACGAUGUGGGUGGGUGAUGGCCACGCACACGCACAUCCUUGAAUGCGGCCACUUUGCUGCUGGUUGUUUGGUUGGUUGGCUCUGUGUGUGUGCAGUGGAUCAGUCGCUUCAGAAAGAUGUCAUGGACGAGGGCUGCCUGUCCUUCCCCGACAUGAACGGCCCUGUCACCCGCAGCAUGGAAAUCACCGUCCAAUACAACACCCUUGACGUGAGCGGCCUCACCUCACUCAUCCGCAAAUGCAGCCUAGCCUGACUUGCUCAUGGAUCUGUCUGAAUGUGUGGGCAUCUGUGUGUGUGUGUGUGUGUCAGGGCAAGUCGACCAAGCGGACGUUGAGUGGCUGGGAGGCCCGCAUCUUCCAGCACGAGUAUGACCACAUUGACGGUGUCGUGUACAUCGACCGGUUGCCGCCCGAGGCUCGCGAGCGUGUGCAGCCUCAGCUUGACAGACUGGUCAAGGACUAUGAGGAGCGCACCGGCAAACCGGGGGCACUCUGAUGUCUGUCUUUCUCGUUCCAGUGGAGGCGUGCAGUGAUCUGGCUGUGACGAAUAUCUGAAGAAGUCGAGAUGACUGAUGGAUGUUUGGUGGGUGGGGACCUGCAGUGUGACAAAUCAUUUGCCG